AUGAAUCCAGACAAGUUUACCCACAAGACCAAUGAGGCUCUUGCCAGUGCCCAUGAACUGGCCAUGAGUGCUGGACAUGUGCAGUUCACCCCUCUUCACCUUGCUGCGGCUUUAAUAUCUGAUCCACUGGGCAUUUUUCGACAAGCCAUUGCUAGUGCUGGGGGUAGCGACGAUGCUGCAAAUUCAAUGGAGAGGGUCAUCAACCAAGCUAUGAACAGACUGCCCUCCCAGACUCCUCCCCCUGACGAAAUCCCGGCAAGUAGUUCACUGAUCAAAGUAAUUCGACGAGGGCAAUCCUUGCAGAAAUCCCUUGGUGACACCCAUUUGGCAAUUGAUCAACUGAUUUUAGGCCUUUUGGUGGACUCUCAAAUCCAAGACCUCUUAAAAGAGGCAGGAAUUAAUGCAGCCCGUGUGAAAUCGGAAGUUGAGAAAUUGCGGGGCAAAGAUGGUAGGAAGGUGGAGAGUGCAUCUGGAGAUUCAUCCUUCCAAGCUCUUAAAACCUAUGGCCGUGAUCUUGUGGAGCAGGCUGGGAAGCUCGACCCUGUUAUUGGCAGGGAUGAAGAAAUCCGCAGAGUUAUUAGGAUUCUUUCAAGAAGGACUAAGAAUAAUCCUGUCCUUAUUGGAGAACCUGGAGUUGGCAAAACUGCGGUGGUCGAGGGCUUGGCUCAAAGAAUUGUUAGUGGUGAUGUUCCAAGUAAUCUUGCCGAUGUGAGGCUUAUAGCAUUGGAUAUGGGAGCUUUAGUUGCUGGAGCAAAAUACAGGGGAGAAUUCGAGGAGAGGUUGAAGGCUGUUCUGAAGGAAGUUGAAGAAGCUGAAGGAAAAGUGAUCUUAUUUAUUGAUGAAAUUCAUGUGGUUUUGGGUGCUGGCCGCACCGAGGGAUCAAUGGAUGCUGCUAAUCUUUUUAAGCCUAUGCUUGCAAGAGGCCAAUUGCGAUGUAUCGGAGCAACAACUCUUGAAGAGUAUAGGAAAUAUGUUGAGAAAGAUGCUGCAUUUGAGAGGCGUUUCCAGCAGGUUUACGUGGCUGAGCCAAGUGUAGCCGACACUAUCAACAUUUUGAGGGGGCUCAAAGAGAAGUAUGAAGGGCAUCAUGGUGUUAAGAUUCAGGAUCGAGCUCUUGUGGUUGCAGCCCAGCUAUCAGCUAGGUACAUUACAGGGAGACAUCUGCCUGACAAGGCAAUUGACCUAGUAGACGAGGCUUGUGCAAAUGUUAGAGUUCAACUUGACAGUCAACCUGAAGAAAUUGAUAAUCUAGAAAGGAAAAGAAUUCAAUUGGAGGUUGAACUCCACGCACUUGAGAAGGAGAAAGAUAAAGCCAGUAAAGCUCGGUUUGUGGAAGUAAGGAAGGAACUUGAUGAUUUGAGAGAUAAACUCCAGCCCUUGAUGAUGAGAUAUAGAAAAGAGAAGGAAAGAAUUGAUGAGCUCCGGCGACUCAAGCAAAAGCGGGAUGAGCUUUUGUAUGCCUUGCAGGAAGCUGAAAGGAGAUAUGAUCUUGCCAGAGCAGCUGACUUGAAAUAUGGAGCAAUUGAGGAAGUGGAUACUGCUAUCGCCAGGCUCGAGUCAAGUGCAAGUGAGGAUGGAAUGCUAACAGAAACUGUUGGACCGGAACAAAUUGCAGAAGUUGUAAGUCGUUGGACCGGUAUACCUGUCACACGGCUUGGCCAGAAUGAAAAGGAGAGAUUGAUUGGUCUUACUGAUAGGCUACACCAACGGGUUGUAGGGCAGAAUCAAGCUGUUGCAGCUGUUGCAGAAGCUGUGUUGAGAUCUAGAGCUGGGUUGGGUAGGCCCCAACAACCAACUGGUUCAUUUCUUUUCUUGGGUCCGACUGGUGUUGGCAAGACUGAGCUUGCUAAAGCUCUUGCCGAGCAAUUAUUCGAUGAUGAGAAUCUGAUGAUCAGAAUUGAUAUGUCUGAAUACAUGGAACAACACUCUGUUGCCCGAUUGAUUGGAGCUCCUCCUGGUUAUGUUGGCCAUGAGGAAGGUGGGCAACUAACGGAAGCAGUAAGGAGACAACCUUAUAGCGUAAUUCUUUUUGAUGAAGUGGAGAAAGCGCACCCAACGGUUUUUAAUACCUUGCUGCAAGUUUUAGAUGACGGGAGGUUGACUGAUGGCCAAGGCCGAACAGUGGACUUCACAAACACAGUUAUCAUAAUGACAUCAAAUCUUGGAGCUGAGUAUCUUCUAAGAGGACUAGUGGGCAAGUGUACUAUGGAAAGUGCUCGUGAGUUGGUUAUGCAAGAGGUGAGAAAGCAUUUCAAACCAGAGUUGCUAAAUCGGCUAGAUGAGAUUGUGGUUUUUGAUCCUCUUUCUCACGUGCAAUUGAGGAAGGUAUGCCGUCUUCAACUAAAAGACGUAGCCAGUUGCCUGGCAGAGCGAGGUAUUGCCUUGGGAGUGACUGAAGCAGCAAUUGAUGUCAUUCUAGCUGAAAGCUAUGAUCCUGUGUAUGGUGCACGACCUAUAAGGAGAUGGUUGGAGAAAAAGGUUGUGACCGAGUUGUCAAAAAUGCUUAUCAAAGAGGAGAUUGACGAGAACUCAACUGUAUAUAUAGACGCAGCUGUCCAUGGAAAAGUUUUGACAUACCGGGUGGAGAAGAACGGAGGUCUUGUUAAUGCUGCCACAGGCGAAAAAUCUGAUAUAUUAAUUCAAAUCCCAAACGGGGCUAGAACUGAUGCUUCCCAAGCUGUGAAGAAGUUGAAGAUCGAAGAAAUAGUUGACGACGACGAGAUGAUCGAGUAA